AUGUCACAUAGACGUCCUAGAACAAAAUGGUCCCCGCCUGACUUUGACAUACCAUCCACUGGCAAUCGUCACAUCGGUGCAGCCUCUUAUCGGGAUAAUGAAUUCAGUCCAAACGAUGCACUUCUUACCCUGCCGACCAACAAAAAGACUCACUCCCAAACGGCUCGGUCAGCUUUCAGUUUUGCAUCAAUAGAAAGUGUACACGAUGGGGGUACCUUCAAACAUGCUGCCUUGGAACGCCAACUAGCACAUGAUUCGGUUAUGAGUCAACGUCAACACCCAACAAAACGACGAAAUCAGCAAAUUACUAUACAAAGCCUCACCCAUGCUUUUUGGAAAGAGGCCGAAUUUUCUGCAGACGGGGCAGACAACAAGUUCUUGCCUUUGAAUAAACUGAAAUCUCUCAUCAAUCCAGAGAGCGUGCAAGACUUGCUGUAUUCAAUGUCCUACUCUCAGGAUGAAGUGCAGUCGUUGAUACAGGACAUCUUUCCUACUCAUCUUCCCUUAGAAUGCCACUCUCCCAAGCAGGGAAAGGAUUAUGAAGAGCGUCCAAGCCUAUAUAGAGUUUUUGCAAUUCUAGUAGGGACUGAUCGUGUGAAGGACAUCCAUAAGUUUAUUCAAUACGGGAUCAACGAUUCAGUUCUUCCACUCAUCAUGACUAAGGAGAAACGUGAGUUGGCAGAUAUUCAGUUACACAGCAUGGGAGACCCGCAUAUGGACAACGACAAACUUCAGAGGUGUUUCGAGGACUAUACUCAAAAAGAUCUAGGCCUCUUCAAGAUGUACCAGAACCUCAUCAAUAUCCCAUUCUUCCUAUUUCCGGGAGACGACUCUACAGUUCUCUUCUACGAACUCGAUCCGUCUUGCGUUCUGCCAAUCAUUGACGUUGGAGAACCGAAAAGGGGUGGAAGUGGUUCCGUGAAGAGAAUUGAAAUCCAUCACGCGCAUCAUAACUAUGACAGUGUAGGCAGGGAUCACUCAAACAUUCAUUUCGCAGUCAAGACGCUUCACUUCCACAACGAUAAAGGCUACCAGAAAGAGGUUGAGGCUCUGGAAAGACUAUCCAUGAAAAGAAAAGACAAAUCCCCUGACCAUUUAGUGCCUUUGGAGCUUGCGUAUCGGCAUGGUGACAAGUGCUGUCUCGUCUUCCCCUGGGCCAGUGGUAAUCUCAAAGAAUAUUGGAAAACACAUCAAAAAAGUCCAGACAACCACGAACAUGUUGUUUGGCUUUUCAAACAAUGCCGUGGCUUAGCUCUCGGACUACGUCGCCUUCACAGCCCCCGAAGCUACGCAAUUUCAGCCAUGGAGAAUAACAACACCCCUACAAAAGAGUAUGACCCGGACGAUAAAUACGGUCGUCAUGGUGACAUCAAACCCGAUAAUAUCCUCUGGUUCAACAAUUACAAUGGCGAUCCUGAUCAUCUCGCCAUCUGCGACUUUGGCUCAACUGAAUUCAAUACUUUUGAAUCCAAGUCGCAUGUCAAGGCGGAUCAAGUUAACGGAUACUCAAAAACAUAUCAACCGCCGGACAGGCAUGCCGGCGGUGAAAUUAGCCAACGAUUUGACAUUUGGUCUUUGGGUUGUGUGUUUCUGGAGUUCAUUUCCUGGUUUCUCUUUGGCCAUGAUCAGGUGUUCCCUCAACAGCGAAUGAUGGUUGACCCCAAAAUCUCUAAAGUUAUUGUGAAGGAAGAUCAGUUCUUCUAUUUUGUACACAGUCGGAGACGUGGGGGAGAGAAGAUAGCGAAGGUGAAGCCUGCUGUUUUAGAUUGGAUCGCAAAGCUGCAUGGCCUUCAGUCAUGUCCAGAGUCUAUCCAUGAGUUCUUAGAUCUCGUACAGUUCCAAAUGCUCCAGCCAAUGUCUCGUGACCGGAGUGAUAGCAUGAGCGUUCGUCUACAGCUCCAAGAAAUGUAUAACAAAUGCUGUACGGACCAAACUUAUGCUACUGCAGGUUAUGGGAAGACAACAAAACAACCGAAGGGAAUACUGUAUUUCCUGACAAGACUCAAUGUCCCCUCUCUGUUCAAAUCAAGAAGCCCCGCAGAUCAAGAGGAGAUCAAUGACUUGGAACCUGACAAGUUACGACAUCAGCCACACAACCACAUGAUUCCAAAGGUCAUCGAUGAGAUGUUUAUUCCAGCGCCCCCUCUUGAAGAGUUUGAGAAGGAUAUUGGCGAUCUAUCAGAAGUCACCAACGGAAGACGCAACAGUCUCUCCAUUGAGGACAAAACGCACAAUCAGGAGUUCGUACCUCCAAGAAUGCCUACUCAUUUCACCAAUGGAGGUACAGGGAGUUCAAACGGGCUCCUACAAAUGAUCACCGGCGAUACAACCCCUUGUUACACAGAAACAGGCGACGCAGACGUCGAGCUUGGAAAUCCGGUCUCAAAUCACCCACAAGAUGACACAACCGGGAAUCUAUGGGAGAACUGUGACAUCGAAAACUUCUCAUCCCAGAGACAGAAUAUUGGCGAUGACAUUAUCAGAAAAGACCGGAGCUUCGAAGAGGUCCGCGAUCUUCGAAAUCUCAUCGAAACAAUAGAGCCCACCCUUCGCAUCAAAAAUGAUUCAGGUGACAAAGGCAUAGGACAUCAUCAAACCUCCGAACAAGUGUCGAAUAAUAUCAGCCCAGUGAUAGUAAAUUGUCUUGCUGAACUUCAGACACUCGAAAGUCGUAUUCGCCCAGAAAGAAUUGAUGCCCUUCUAGAGUCUAAAGGAAAGGCUCUUUUGCAAGCAUUGACAUGGCGACUGAAAGGAAAUGACGCCAAACAAUCAAUUGCCAAUCUUCAGCGCUGCAAAGCCUCAUUGAAUCUGGCGAUUAAUUCGCAUAACUCGUUGGUAGUCAGAAACAUAGAACAGCUAUCACUCUCUAUCGAACACAACGUAAAGCAGUCUGGUCGGAGAAUAGACGCACUGUCUAGAGACUUUGAAACCUCUCGAUUUGAUGAAAAACAAAGAGAAAUUUUCAAUUGGCUCUCGCCUCUCAAGCCUGGCCAGAAUCAUCGUCAGCUCAAAUCAGCACAUCAAUCCGGGACGGCCGAAUGGUUCCAGGAAAGUAAGCAAUUUCACGAAUGGUUUUGUGGAAGAAACACAAUGCUAUGGCUUAGUGGUCCUCCGGGCUCUGGAAAGAGUGUGAUGAUGAGCCAAGCGAUUGAAGCGGUUGCGUCUCGCAUUGACCAACACAGGGAACCCGCCGCUUAUGCCUUCGCAUAUUGUGACUUCCGUGAUCCCGCUACGCAGGACAUUACCAACAUAUUUGGGACCCUGUUGAGUCAACUAUGUGCCCAAACUCAAUCCUUUCCAAUAGAGUUACUUCAGGCGUACGAUUCAAGCACAAAAGAAAAUCGUGGUGAUGGCCCAACUAUUGAGAUGCUGCUCGAUGUCAUUCAGACACUAUCUACAAGCCGUCAGGUCUACCUUCUUAUCGACGGCGCAGACGAGGUAAAGGAUUACAAAUAUUUCAGCAAGUACCUAGCUACUCUCAACUGCUCGUCAACAUCUAUCAAUACCCUGGUGGCGAGUCGGAAUGAGGUCACCAUCCAACGCAUUUUCACCGACGUUCCACGUGUAUCUCUCGAAAGCCACAUCCCGAACAUUGACAAGGAUAUCAAGCGAUACAUAGGUUCAUGGCUCGGUAACGAACAAGAUCUACAACGGUUAUCACCAGAUAUCCAGAGCCUUGUAUCAGUCUCUCUAAUGUCCAAGUCCAACGGAAAUUUCAAAUGGGUUUCUUGUCAACUCGAAUCUCUCAAGCGCUGCAGAACAACUCGAGAUAUCAAGAAAUGUCUGUCACAACUACCUGAAGGCUUAAAUGAAACGUAUGGUAGAUUGUUGGCGCGAACAUCUGCAUCAGACGUUGCUUAUGUAAGAAGGAUUAUGACUUGGCUCUCGCUCUCCUGUAUCCCUCUCACAUUGCACGAACUCUGGGAAGCCUUGGCUAUUGAAACAGGAAGAAAGGAUAUCGACGACGAGGCUCGGUUAAGGACGCCACAAGAUAUUCUCGUUCUUGGCAACAGCCUUAUUACUGUGUCCUCAGAUGGCUAUGUCAUGUUGGCUCACCUUUCAGUACGAGAUUACCUCCUUUCGGACGAGAUGGGCCGAGACCCAAACACGGCAAAAUUUGCCCUUGAGCCGAGGCGUUGCCAUAUGAAACUGGCCAAAGAUUGCCUCACAUACCUGUCCUUUUCUGAACUGUCUUCAGGACCAUCAACUACGCAAGAGGACUACCUUUGUCGACAAAGAAAGCUACCUCUUAUCGAAUAUUCCAGCAGAUACUGGUUCUACCACCUGCGUAAUGCUGAGCCUGAUGAGCAAAUGUUUAAGCUCUCCAUGGACAUUUUCCAACCCAGGGCCCGGAAUAAUUUCAUGUCGUGGGUGCAGGUCUUCAACGCUACUUCACCAUUCAAGUGGAACAUAUACCCGCGGCAUGCAACAUCGCUUUAUUACGCUGCUUCACUAGGACUCGAUAGGGUUGUUGAUAAUUUGCUUCAAUCUUCAACAUGUGAACUGGAUGCACCAGGAAGUCGCUUCGGUGGCACUGCUAUUCAUGCAGCAACUCUCAGAGGUCAUCUGAGCAUAAUAAAAACACUUGUCAAGGCUGGGGCUGAUCCACGAAAGGCGGACUUCGACAAGGUGACUCCUCUUCACAGCGCUGCAGGGCAAGGUAGUAUCGACACAAUUAAGAUAUUACUGGAAUGUGGUGCUUCCAAAGAAGCCAGGGAUAGUAUGGAUGGAAAGAAUCCCAUCGACUGGGCAAGACUCAGCGGACAUUCGUCUGCAGCACAAUUUAUAGAGCAGUAUUCCCCACAUUCACACCUGGAGAAGACGUUUGAUCUUGAUUCGGAUACAGACUCGGGUAUUUAUUCUGACACGGAUGAGAAUUGCACAAUGAUAAAGGUAUGGAAACCUCGCUUUGGCUAUUUCCCGGAUCAUUACGAGAGGAGGUCUGGUCUGGACUCUUCUCAUAUUGUCAGUAUAACAGUUGGACAGGAGACAUCAGUUUUCGAUAGUAGUGUGUUAAUUUUGAAGGAUAGAGACACAGAAGGGUCCAGCCCGGUCUGGUAG